AUGAAGAGGGUGGACUUCAACGCCAAGACUGAAUAUGAGUGCCUCACCAACUACAAGGUGCUGCAGGAGGUCUUCACAAACCUGGGCAUUGACAAGCCCGUAGACGUGUCCAAGUUGAUCAAGGGGCGGCUGAUGGAUAGCAUGGAGUUCAUGCAGUGGCUCAAGAGGUACUUUGACCAGCAGACCCUCGGCGACGGCAUCACUGACUACGACGCCGCCGCUCGCAGAGCGCUCUGCAAGACCGGAGACGUGCGCGGCAGCGGCGCCGCCUCCGCACCCAGCUUGGCCGAGGGGGGUGGCUGA